AAGCCAAAAUAAAGCAUAAUGAAACAAUAAUUUGAUUGUUGAUUGCCACGACAACUUGGCAAUGAAUAAGCGCGUGCGCAUCGUAGUUGUGGGUGAUUCAGGUGUUGGAAAAACAUGCCUAACCCACUUAGUUGCCCACAAUGAGUCGUUAAUACGGCCGGGCUGGACAGUUGGCUGCAACAUUCAAGUUAAAAUUCACGAAUUCAAGGAAGGCACGGCCCGACAGUGCCCAUAUUUUAUUGAAUUGUUUGACAUUGGUGGCUCACUGAGUCACAAAAAUACGCGAAGCGUUUUCUACAGUGGUAUACAUGGAGUUAUCUUGGUGCAUGAUCUAACGAAUGGCAAGUCGCAGGAGCAACUACUUGACUGGCUCUUCGAGAUUGUCAAUAAGGAUGGCAAAGAUACGUACAAAUGCCGCAGUCCCUCUUCGCCGCCGUCGCCGCUGCACGGCUAUGGCACGGAUACCAGCAUGCGGUUUGAUUUAGAAGAGUUCUUAGGCGCUACACAAAUACCUAUUUUAGUUAUGGGCACCAAGUUAGAUUUGAUCGAUGAGAAACGUCAACCCAAAACAUCUGUUAAAAAGGUCGGGGGUAUUGCCGACAAAUGUGGCGCCGAGGAAAUAUGGCUAAACUGUCGGGAUACACGCAGCUUAGCCGCGGGUACAACUGAUGCGGUUAAGUUAUCCAGAUUCUUCGACUGUGUCAUUGAAAAGCGCGAAAGUAAUGGGUGCCCAGGCGCUCAUCUGGUGGCAUCCACUGCUACAGAUAGACGACGAGCCGCUAACUCACUACCUUGCAGUCCAGAGUUCCCGAUAUAUGCGAGCAAAGCAACAGAAACUUUCGUACCCCUGCUAGAAACCAACGAUUUAAAAUAAGGAUUAGGACUUAAA